AUGUUGGACCGAACUUUAGAAAGCUCGCAUGGAAAAGAUGUGGAUCUCCUCACCAUCGAUGCUAAAUCCUUGCAAGUCCUUCUGAGUCAGGGAGAAGUCACAACUUUGAGUCUCGUCAGACAAUGCAUCGCUCAAAUAAAAAAGCACGAUGAAAAGCUUCACGCCAUGAUUCAGAUUACUCCAAAUGACCUCCUUGAAGCAGCUGCGAAAUCCCUGGAUCAUGAGCGAGCCUCUGGGAAAACACGUGGGCCAUUGCAUGGAAUUCCAAUUAUUAUCAAGGAUAACGUCGCUACCCAUCCGAGCCUUGGUCUCCCAACCACUGGCGGAAGCCUUGCACUCCUUAGCUCGAAGCCCAAGAAGAAUGCCGAGAUUAUUGACCAAAUUCUAGAUGCUGGUCUUGUAAUUUUGGGAAAGGCCAAUCUUGCUGAAUUUGCCAAUGCUAGGGGAUCCAAAAUGCCAAAUGGAUGGUCUGCAGUGGGUGGCCAGACACAGUCAGCUUAUAUUAUUGAUGGAAUUGACCCAGAUGACUCAUCAGAAGGCCAUUCAAACCCCUCAGGAUCAUCUACAGGCUCCGCCGUGAGUGUAUCAGCUGGCUACGCACCAUUAGCGAUAGGAACCGAGACAGAUGGCUCGCUUGUCAGCCCAUCAGGUCGUGCCGCUCUGUACACAAUCAAACCAACCAUUGGGUUGGUUUCUCAAGAUGGGAUAAUACCGAUCUCUAGCAACUUUGAUGCAGCCGGACCUAUGGCAAAGUCUUCGUACGAUCUGGCCGCUCUCUUGGAUGUCCUUAUCCGCGCACCAGCGUCGGAGUCUUUCAUAUCUGAUUUGACUGGCUCAUGGGCUGACAUCUCUGUUGCGGUCCUUGACCCUGAUGUGUGGAAACAUCCAGAGACUGAAGUCAAAGCUGUCGAUGAAGCGGAAGCUCAGAUUACUCGAGAAAUCCGCCAAGCAUACGAUAUAAUCAAGCCUAAAGCAAAGAAACUUGUCGAAAAUAUUGACUUGGUCUCACCGGAAACCUUCAAAGUUGACGGAGAAGGGAGCGAAUGGACAAUUAUCCAGGCGGAUCUGAAACCACAACUCAAUGCGUAUUUUGAAGGCCUAGCAGAAAGUAAGGUCCGAUCUCUUGCAGAGGUGAUUGACUUCAACGAAAAACAUGCAGAUUUGGAACUUCCUUCACACCAUCCUAGACAAGACACCUUUGUCAAUGCAGAAAAUCAGAAUCUCUCCACAGAGGAUUAUGACCGACAUUUGUCAUAUUUAAGGCACAUGGGUGGAGAAAAAGGCGUGGAUCUAGCGUUGAAACAGUAUGAUGUUGAUGUUAUACUGGGCCCUAUCGAUAGUGGCCUCGCGUCAUUGGCAACAGCUGCUGGAUAUCCCAUCUGUGCAAUGCCUUUAUCAUACCUUGAUUACAAUGACCGUCCAUUUGGUGUUGCAGCUAUUGCAGGAAGAAAUCAAGAGCACCUUUUGGUUCAGGUAAUGAGUGCCUGGGAGGCUACGUUUCCUGCACGAAAGCCUCCUCCCCAGCUUGUGCAAUCAUCCUCAAUUCAACAUUGA